AUGACGAGAUCUCAAAUAUUGUGCCUGUUCUUUUUUACCACUUUGUUGGUAAGCACAGACGCGGCAAAAGGUGGGGGAGGCAGAGGAGCUGGCAGACGUGGUGGCGGGAGAGUGUACAAGUCCCGAAUGCCUAUUCUCAUUCCUCACAGAAAUCCUGCCAGCGCCAAUUACUAUGAAAAUAAAGAUGGUGCGAAGAUAGUGAAAGCUUCACACUUUGAGUUAGACUACAUGCUGGGGAGAAAGAUCACUUUUUUUUGCAUGGCUACUGGAUUUCCAAGGCCUGAGAUCACCUGGUUGAAAGAUGGAAUUGAAUUGUAUCAACACAAAUUCUUUCAGGUACACGAGUGGCCUGUUGGUAAUGACACGUUAAAAUCGAAAAUGGAAAUUGACCCUGCCACGCAGAAAGAUGCGGGAUAUUACGAGUGUCAAGCGGAUAAUCAAUAUGCGGUUGAUCGUCGUGGCUUCAGAACAGAUUACGUCAUGAUCUCUUAUUGA